AUGGCGGACCCGACGACGGUUCUAGAAGAGGAGUUCGACGAGAACUACGAGCCGACGCAGGAAGACAUUCUCGAGUACGCGCAAUGGCUGGGCAUGGAGUUGCCGGAGGAGGAGGAGCUGCUGUGGGUGGCGCGGCAGGGACUCAAGGCGCCGCUGCCGCCCAACUGGAAGCCAUGUCGCACAGACGACGAUGAGAUCUACUACUUCAACUUCCAGACGGGCGAGAGUGUGUGGGACCAUCCCUGCGACGACCACUACAGAGCCCUGUACACGGAUGAGAAGAACAAGCUCAAGGCAGCGAAGGCUGCAGCAGCAGCCACCAGCGUGGCACAGGUGGGUGGAGCGGGCCAUAAUACAUGCUGCAGGUGGGUGUGUGAGUGGACUCAAAGGCACCUCGUCCCACAGCCCAAGGAGGAGCAUCGCAACAACCUCUUCCGCCAGGGCUCGCUGCAACCCCAGUCCAUGCUGCAGGUGGGGUGGGUGGGGCAUGCCGCAAUACAAGCUGCAGGUGGGUGGGUGUGGUGCAGUGCUUGCUGCAGGCAGGGCGGUGGCUUUCCCAGUGGGGCGGUGGCUUUCCCAGUGGGGCGGUGGCUUUCCCAGUGGGGCGGUGGCUUUCCCACGGAGGCACAAGGUCCGGAGGCGCAAGGUCGUCCCCAAGGGGUCAAGAGACGCCUCUCCCGAUUCGCCAAACGCAGCCCCACCACCCUCGCCCUUCCCGCCCAUCACAGACAGCUCGGAGGAGUGCCACAGGGGCGAGGGCGCCUCUCCAUCACAGACAGCUCGGGGGAUGAUAGAGGCAUGGCGCGCGCUGCUGCUGCUGCUGCUGGUGCUGCUGCUGCUGCUGUUGUUUUCUCUCCUAAAAUCAACCCCAUCCCCUGUUUUCUUUCCAUGCAGGAGUGCCACAGGGGCGGGGGCGGUCGGCGGUCUCCCAUGGCUAGCUCUCUGGCUCGGGCAGGGUCCAUGGGGGCUGCUAUCAAGGGAAAGCCCACAAUUUUGGAAGAAACGGAUGCAGAGGAGUGGGAAACGUCUGACGACGAAACGGGCACCAGACCACCCUCGUCCGCCGCUGCUGUUGCAUCAGCAUCAGCACCAGGUGCAGCAGCAGCAUCUGGAAUCCCAGUCUCACAAUCCCCCGGUGGUGUGCCUAUUGCUGCUGGGGCGGGGGGACAGGGGACAGGCGCAGGAGCAGGGGGAGGAGGGGGAGGGGGAACAGGGGGAGGUGGGGGUGGGGGUAGAGGGGGCGGCAGAGGAGGGGCCGAGGGUUACCACCAGCAGCAGCAACAACAACAGCAGAAGCAUGGGAUGGUCCCUCGGAGGACCGGCGGUAUGCCGAACCAGAACCAGGAGGUUCGGCGGGGAGCGGGAGGAGGAGCAGGGGGUGGUGGGGAGGGUGGGGGCAGGGGGGAAGCAGGCAGCAGCAGAAGACCGGGGAGUUCCGAUAGGGGGGGAGGGGAAGCGGGGGGAGGGGGAGCGGGAGCGGUGGGAGCAGGAGUGGGUGGUGUGGGGGCCGUGGUAAAGGGAGGAGCAGAGGGGAGGGAGGGCAGGGAGGGGAGGGAGAGGAGGGAAGAGCGAGGAGAAGGAGUGGGGGGAAGGCAGGAGGGGGAGGGGAAGGAGAGGCGGAGGUCUUUGGAGGGGCGGGGGAGUGGCAUGGGGGGAGAGAGGGUGGGGGAGAGGGCGGGGGAGAGAUCUGCGGAGAGGGGGGAUCCCAGGGAUGGGCGGGGGGGAGAGGGGGCGGGGAGAGGAGGGCCGAAGAGAACCAGCAGCACGGAUGCCCAGGGGGGAGUGGGUAACAGUCAGGGCAGCAGUCAGGGCAUGCAGGGUUACUCAAGAGGAGGAGGGGGUGAGGCUAGUCAAGAUCCUCAGCAGAGAGGUGCCCGGGCCACACAGUCCGCUGCAGGCAUCGCCAGACAGGGCUCCUGGGCGAAGCCAGCUGAGGACCCAAAGCAGCAGCAGCAGGGGAGGGGCGCUGCUGCAGCAGCAGCUACUGGUGCCGCUGGUGGUGGUGCAGGCGCACCAGGUGGUGCUGCUGCUGCAGGGGGGGGGAUGGCUGGGGCAGGCGUAUCUGGUGCAGGUGGUGCAGGUGGUGCUCGUAAGGCGUCUGGGCUGGCUGAUGGGCGGCUUGCAGGAGGGGUGCAAGGGGGGGCGGGGCAAGGGGUUGUGCAGGCUGGUGGCUCUGGCGGUUUACUGGCGGUUGCAGCAGCGGAGAGACAGAAGCGGGAAGGGGAGGAGGUGGCGGGUAAAGGAGGGCCAGCUAAGGAGCGGGAGUCGCUUUCCCAGGAUCCCAAGGAUGAUGCUGAGGACGAUGAGGUGACUCGCUUAAGGGAGGCAGCAGCAGCAGCACAGAGGCGAAUAGCACGGUACGAGGCGGAGUGUGACGGGCGGCUGGCAAAGCUCAAGGCGGAGAGGGAGGCUCUCGUGAGGCGCAGAGAGGCGGAGAUCACCCGGCUGGCGGAGCAACUCGGCACGCCUUUUGAUGCAGGGGCACUCACCCAAGCGCGCAGCGUAGCAGUGGACGAGGGGAGAGCGCUCAUCACGAGAGAACGUGAUGCAGCCGUAGCAUCAGCCAAGGAGGAGGUGGAGCGGGAGAGGCAGCGAGCCAUGGCUGUGCUCCGAGAGGAAGCUUCCCUGAAGGUGGCCCUGGAGCGUCGGCACCUGCAGGUGGAUCCUCAGGUGGUGGCGCUGGUGAAUCUGGAGGAGGUGGCCCGGCAGCAGGAGUUUCUCAACCGCUGGCGGGCGGCUCUGGAGCAGGAGAAUCCGCAAGUCCUAGCCAGAUGGAAGGCCGCAGCCACAGAGGAAGAGCAGCGAAUGCUCGAGCUCGCACGGAGAGAAGCAGCAGCACGCGUGGAGCGAGUGGUAGAGCAGGAGGAGCGGCGGGAGCGGGAAUCAACCCUCAAGGGCAUCAGAGAGCGGGUGCGGGCGAAGCUGGGGGAAGAGGAGAGGCGGAUAGUCGCCCAGGAACGGGCAGAAAUGGCUUCCCGUGUUGCCGAAGCUGUCGCGGAGGAGCGGGAGCGGCUCGUGGAGGUUCGGCGGAAGGAGGUGUUGGAUCGGGCGGAGCGGGAGGCUGGGGAGGAGGCGGAGAGGAGGAGACAGGCGAGGUUGCUUGAGGCUUGGAGGAGGGUAGAGGCUGAGGUGGAGGGGGUGCAAGAGGAAGGGUGGGAGAGUGUGGUUGGGAGGGCGAGGGGAGUUGCAGAGGAGGCUGGGAUUGCCAUGGAUGGAGAGAAAGGGAAGAUUCUAGAGAUUGUGCGGUGGUCGCUGGAGGAGGAGAGGAAAGAGUUGAGUGAACAGAGGGUGGCUGAGGUGGUUGAAGCGUUAAAGGAGGAAGAGAGGGAGGUUGUAGCGCGGAUGAAGAAGGAGAAGGGGGUGAAUGGGGAGGUGGUGGGUGCUGAUGGUGCUGGUGGUGCUGUGACCGCUGCUUUGAAGGCUCGGGCCGAGGAGGAAGCUGCUGGGAAGCUGGAGAGGUUGAGGAAAGAGGCGGAGGAGAGAGUGAGAGAGCAGGCGAGAGGAGAGGAAGCUGCGUUGCUGGCUAGAAGGAGGGGGGAGAUGGAGCAAAGGGCAGAAGCGUUGGGUAGAGGAGGGAAGGGCGCGGUGAUUCAGCUAGAGAAGGAUUUACUGGAAGGGGAGUUAGGAGAGAAGAUUGCACUGAUGAGAAAAGAGGCAGAGGAGAGGGAGGUGCGGGAAAGGGAAAGGCUUAAAGCGAGUAUAGAGAGGCGGCUAGAAGAGGCUGUGGAGGGGGAAGAGAGGGCUAUGGAGGGUGUGGUGGAGGAGAGGAAGAAGGAGAUGAGAGAGAGGGCUAGGCGGGCUGUGCAGGAAGAAGAGAAGAAGCUUCUGGAGGAGAUGAGAGCGCAGGUUCGGAAGAAGGUGGAGGAUAGGUUCGGCGCCGAGGCUGAGAGCUGGGCAGGUUCGGUGAGGGAGGAGUUGAUGGAGCAGGCGAAGAGGGAGGUGGAGGAGGAGGUGGAGGAGUGGCGGAGGAGGGAGCUUGCUGGUGCUGGGGUGAAGGGGAGUGGGAGGAAGGGUAGGAAGAGAGGAGGGAAGAAGGGGAAGGAAGAUGGGGGAGAGGAGGAGGAUGAGGAUGGGGAGGAGGAGGAAGAGGAGGAGUUGGAAAGAGAGAGGGAGGUGAGGAGGCAGGAAAUGAUGGAGGAAUUAGAAGAGGAGGUUGAGACGGAGAAGCAAAGGCGUUGGGAGGAAAUGGAGGAGGAUCUUAUCGGCCAAUGGGAGGCCAAGAAAGAGGAGCGGCUCGCUGAGCUGGCGCGUAAAGUGGACGCUGACGUGGCAGAGGGGUAUGAGAAGUUGAGAAGGGAGAAGGAGGAGGAGAUUGAGCGGAAGAUCUGGGAGCAGAAGGUUGCUGAGGUGGACGGGCAGAUUGGAAAAUUGCUCGAGGAGGAACGAGCGGUUCGGCUGCAAGCUGCCCGAAAAGUCAUGGACGCUUCGUUAAGAAAGCAAAUCGCGAGUGAGAGAGAGGAGAGUCUGGGGCAGAUGAGGAAGGAAUGGGAUGAGAUGGAACCAGAGCAGCAGGAGGCGUGGGUGGUGCAGCAGAGAGAGGAGAAGGGGCGGAGGAUGGAAGAAGAGAUGAAGAGGCGGGUAGAAGAGGAAGUAAGGGAUUAUAGGGAAAGAAUGCUGGCGACAGUGGCGGCAGAGGAGAGAGAGGUGAGGUCGAGAGAGAGCAACAAGAGAGAUCUAGUGAGGAUUGAGCGGGAGUAUAAGCGGCAGAGGCAGGAAAUGGAACUGAGGGCGUCGCAUGCUCUAGAGGCUUUCAGAACGGAUCUCAGCGUGAGGCUGGAGAGAGAGAAGCUGAGACUAAGACGGGAAGCGAAGCACGCUUUAGAGAGGUAUGAGAUUGAGCUGGAUAUUAAGGUGGAGAAAAAGGUGGAGUCUAUGAGGGUGGACCUGCAGAUUAGGUUAGAGGCUAUGCGGAGGGAGAUGGAGGUGACUCUAAGGAAGAAGGUAGAGGAGGAGCGGGUGAGACGGCUGGAGAUUCUGAGUCGCGAGUUGAAGGCGGAAGAGAGGGAGAUGAGGCGAGGGUGGAGGGAGCUUAUGGCGCAGGAGGAGGCGAAGGUGAGAAGGCAGUACGAGCAGAGAAGGAAUUUGUUGAGUAAUGCGCUAGAGAGUGAGUCGAGUGGCGUGGAGGGGAGAGGAGGGGGUGUGGGGGGAGAGGACGGGAAGCAGCAGGGGAGGAGGGGUGCGAACCGGAACCCGCACCAGCAGGUUGGGUUCGGCGGGUUAGGUUCGGGUGGGGUAAGGGGGAUGGGAGGGGGGAUGGGCGGGGGCGGAGGGGGAAUGUUUGGCGGGAUGGGGGGCGGAAUGGGGGGAAUGGGGGGGAUGGGCGGGAUGAGGUUGAUGGAUGGGAGUGGGGGGAGUGGAGGGGGAUUCAGGCUAUUAGAGGUAGCUAAUGAGAAGGUGGGUGGGGGUGGGGAGGGUAUGGGAGGGAGAGGAGGAGCGGGAGGAGCGAGAGGGAGAGUGGGCGGCGGAGGAGGGAUGGGAGGGAUGGGCGGGGGCGUAGGGGGAAUGGGUGGGGGUAAUAUGGGCGGGUCUUGGCUGGAAGAGCUAAGGAGUGGAGGGGAGUCAGAUGUGAGUCUCAGUCAUGGGCUGAGUGCUAGUAGGGAGUUUGAACCGGGUACAGGGGAGGACAGAGGGAGGAGAGGCAGAGGGAAGGGAGUGCGGAGGAGAGGGGAGCGUGGGGACGGGGAAGAGGGAGAGGAGGAGGAGGAGGAGGAGGAGGAGGAGGAGGAGGAGGAGGAGGAGGAGGAGGAGGAGGAGGAGGAGGAAGAGGGAGAAGGUGAGGAGGAGGAAGAGGAGGAAGGGGAGGGUUUGGAUUUAGGGCAAGGGCGAGGGGGGCUUGUGGAGGAGGGAGGGUCUAUGUCUGAAGAGCCAGAGCAGCUGGAGGGGCAACAAGACCGGCAGCAGCAUCACCAGCAGGAGAAAGCUAACGCAGCAGGAGCAUCAGGAGCAGCAGUGGCAGCAGCAGCAGGUGGGGCAGCAGCAGGAGGGGCUGGGGCAGGGGCAGGGGCAACAGCGACGGCGGCAGCGGGUGGUGAAGUAGCUGCGAGUGCAGCGAGUGCCCUAGGGAGUGCUGAGCCGGAUCGAUCUGAUGAGGCUGACAGCAAGAAGGACGUGGACUCUCUCCCCCUGGAGGCCACAGGGGGAGGCGCUGCCGUGUGGGGUGCGGGGGGAGAGCGGGGGGAGAGGGGGGAGCGGGGAGAGGUAGGGGCGGAUGGGGCUGGCGGGUUGGAUGUUGGUGGGAGAGACGGAGGGGGAGGGGGGAAGGCGGUGGGUGAAGCAGCAGGGGCUGCUGGCGCAGGAGUGGGAGGGGCGGAGGGGCAAGGAACAGCAGCAGCAGUAGCCUUGGGGCCGCAUCCAUUGGGAUCUCCUGACGAUUCGGGAAGCAACUUCGGGGAAAGUUCGUCAGAGCUCCCGAGGUUGACUCUGGGGGUGGCGGGGGGGGAGGGGGAGGCAGCGGGGUUGGCUGGGGACUGGAUGGGGCGGGGGUGGGCGAAGCCGGGGCAGAGGCGGUCGAGGAAUCGCAACAGCGGGAAGGCAGCACGGCAGCCGAAUGAUGUGGCGGAUUAUUACUCCGAGUGGAGCGAAUCCGGGUCGGAUCUGGAGCUAGUGGAUAGGGAGUUCAGGCCAGGGGGCGGCAGGAAGGGCAUGGACAACGGAGACGAGCUCUUUGAUGAGGAGGGCGUGCCCUUCAGCGAACGAGCAUCCAUGGUGGAGCAAGCAAAGCUAUUCGCAGCGGAGCAGCAGAAGUAUCUCAAAGAACGACAAGCAGUCAUAGAGGCCGCCCGGCAGGACUGGCAGCGCCAGAUGGCUGCCGCCCUCAAUGCUGUGCUUCCAUCCAUGGUGGAGCAAGCAAAGCUAUUCGCAGCGGAGCAGCAGAAGUAUCUCAAAGAACGACAAGCAGUCAUAGAGGCCGCCCGGCAGGACUGGCAGCGCCAGAUGGCUGCCGCCCAGGAGGUCUCAGAUGAGGACGACAGACGCCGCCGCAUCCAGCACCUGACGGAUCUUAAAGCCACGUUGGAUCAGCAUGUGAGGGAGUUGAAUGAUGACGCCAGGCAUGUUAGUCAACUCAAGAAAAAUCUGCUAAGUUUUUCCCGGAAUGGGGCGAAUAGUGGGGCAGGGAGUGGGCCUGGUGCAGGGAGUGGUGGUGGGAGCGGGGAUUUCGGGAGGGGAGGGAGGGGAGGGGGAGGGGAGGGAGGGAGGAGGGACGGGGGAGCGGGAGGGAGGGGAGGGGCGGGCGGGAGAGGGGAAGGGGGAGUGGGGAUUCCGCCAGGUGGCGGCGUGCGAUUGGAUCAGAACGGGCCGCUGUUGAAUUUCCCGCCGGAUGCGAUUAUGUCCCGAGCCUCUUCGUUUGCUUCGGCGAGCAUGGGUCGGGAGAGCUUCGAUAUUGAUGAGAUGAUGGGCGGGCUAGGGUUGGAAGGGCCCUGGCGCAGGAAUAGGGAAGCGGCUCGAGCAGCAGGCAGUGGCAGCGGCGGCGGCGGUGGUGGUGGGGGGGGUGGGGGAGGGGGUGCUGGGGGAGGUGGCCUGUUUUCUCUUGACGACUCACCCACAGCUCGUGACAUGGACGGGCGGGGCGACUUGAGGGCUGAAAAUAGGGUGGAGGGGAGGGCAGAGGGGAGGGUGGGUCAGGAUAUGGAGGGGAGGGAAGGGCGUGAGGUGGAGGGGCGAGGAGGGAGGGAGGCGGGCGGGAGAGCAACGGCGGCUGGGCAUCGGCUGUCGAAGCUGCAAGAUGAAUCGGGUGUUGGGAGUGGCAGUGGCAGGGAACAGGUGGGUGAAACACCGACUAAGUGCCCUCCCUGUUUUCCUCUCCCUUUCCCCCUGUCCUCCUCUCCCUUUCCCCCUGUCCUCCUCUCCCUUUCCCCCUGUCCUCCUCUCCCUUUCCCCCUGUCCUCCUCUCCCUUUCCCCCUGUCCUCCUCUCCCUUUCCCCCUGUCCUCCUCUCCCUUUCCCCCUGUCCUCCUCUCCCUUUCCCCCUGUCCUCCUCUCCCUUUCCCCCUGUCCUCCUCUCCCUUUCCCCCUGUCCUCCUCUCCAUUUCCCCCUGUCCUCCUCUCCAUUUCCCCCUGUCAUCCUCUCCCUUUCCCCCUGUCCUCCUCUCCCUUUCCCCCAGUCCUCCUCUCCAUUUCCCCCUGUCCUUCUCUCCCUUUCCCCCUGUCCUUCUCUCCCUUUCCCCCGGUCCUUCCCUCCCACCUUUCCUCCCCCUCUCUCACAUCCCUUCCCUUUCCUACUGUCCUCUCCCACCAUUCACGCUUCUCUCAGCCAUCCCUUUCCCCCCUCCCCUGCCCCUCGCCUUCCCCCACUACCGUCCCUUCCCUUUCCACUACGGUAGAGGCCAUUCAACCCGCGCGUCGCUUCUCCAAGGCGCCUGACUACUCGCUCAUCACGCCCAUCCUCUACGCGCCGCUCUUCCCACUAAUACGAAUCACGCUGCGCCACAAGCCCAAGCUGAGGGACCGUCUCUUCGUGACCGCUGUAGCCAGCGCGUUCCUGCACGGCGCAUACAUGAACUACCGAUUCUAUAAUGCGGAGAGUUAUCAGCAAUCACAAAGAACCUGA